AUGUCAACCAAAAACUCAUUAAUCAAACUCAUAGUGGGCGCAGGCCAGGCCGCACCAACGCCGCCAGUCGGUCCAGCGCUUGGUUCUAAGGGUGUCAAGGCUAUCGAUUUUUGCAAAGAGUUCAACGCCAGAACGGCUCAUUUUCAGCCAGGAAUACCCAUCCCAGUCAAAGUUAUCGUCAAGCCUGACCGGACUUUCACCUUUGACAUCAAAACUCCAACUACUGCAUGGUUGCUCAUGCAGGCUGCUGGAAUAGAGAAAGGACAACCAGGACUUAAAAAGUCGCCAAUCAAGUUGAGUCUUAAACACGUUUACGAAAUUGCCAAAAUCAAGCAAAAAGACGAGCAGCUGAAAAGUACGCCUCUACAGCAUAUUUGCAAGAGCGUUGUGGAAACAGCAAAAUCCAUUGGUGUCCACAUUGUCCCGUAA